AUGGAUGGCGCUGCAAACAAAAAGAAUCACUUGAGCGUUUUAUUGAUGCGAAAUAUAAACCAGCAAUUAAAGUACUUAUUAGUAAACAUUGUCGUCUGAAUCUGUCAAACAAUGUUACAAUGCACUACAGACACAAGAAAGGAAAGUUUAAAAGUAAAAAAUCAUAUUAUAAGGACCUAAAAGCACAGGAAGCGAAGAUAAAUUUAGCUACACACCGGGUAGACGACGCUGUUAAAGAGGACCACUCUUACUGUAAAGACAAACCGCCGAAUCCAGAUCUGUCAGACCUCGGGCCGUGGAAUUGUUGAACUGGAUGUAUUGGCGAAGUGUAUGUUUUGUGCAUCGUGUAAUACCCCGUUGCAUCUUUCUAAUAUCGAAAGUGAAAGGAGAUAUUGACUGGGAAGUAUAGUAUACUGUUCAUUCCAUGCCAAAACAAUGUUUGCUGGGCUUUAAACGAUGUAAAAACUGGGAAGAGGAGCCAAGGGGCAUUUGACGUAAACUCCAAACUUGCAUUAGCUGUUGUACACACUGGACUUGGUCCUGUACAGGUGAACAACCUGCUCACAACCUUAAAUCUCCCCCCAGUGGACCCUACAACAUUAAAACGGUGGGAAUACAAAAUCGAAUCUACACUGGAGACCAUAGCAAAGUUGUCUUGCUAUGAGGCACAAAAGGAAGAAAAAGGGAAAUGGAAAGAUGGAAGUAAGCUUCAAUGGAGGCUGGCAGAAACGGGGUACAGGUUGGAACUAUGACAGUAAUACACCUGAGCUAAUUGCGUGGACCCUGAGGUCCACGCAGAAAAUAUAUAAGCGAGGUUAAACCGGAUGCUAUGGGGAAAAUUCAGCCUGCGCAUGAGCUAGCCUGGUUCCUGUGCGUAAUGGGUAGCUCAGGGAACCAGGCUAGCACACGUUUAUCUGAAUCGGGAUCGGGAUUCCAUGCCAUAUGCACACAUAAGUUCAAAGGCGCUGUUAUUGUAAAGUUGUCGGUAAACAGUACAGAAACAAAGUAUUCCUUUUAAAGAAAUGAUCGGCAUGUGAUAUGAACUGUCAAUAUUAUAAAAUAAGUUAAUGUUAUGUCGAAACUACAACAUGCAUCAAAUAGCAUAAUUUGCAAUGUUAUGUUGUUUUCCGAAUACACAUGUAACUUAACUUUACUUUUAUAGUAGGCGAGGCUAGAGUACUUCCCGAUUAAAAUGUUUAAGCAUUUAAGUAUGAUUGAAUAAUUAUGUCACUGUAUAAAAGUUUAAAUCUCAAGAAAGAUGCAUCAAAGUAUGAAAUUAAUUUAUACAAAGCUGUCACUGCAUAGUUAUCGAAGUAUUACAAAUCGUAAUGUGUGCGCAAAUAGUAGAAUUCGCCAAAUGCCUGAUACUAUACAUGUACAUGCAAACUUCAUUAAUAGAUAUAUCAUAAUUAUCUUAGAAGUAUGAACACUUUCAAUUCUGAGAUAAAAAGUCAGGGCUAUACAUAUACGUAAUACAACGUACAAAUUUAGUGGUUAAAAGCAGGGGGCUAGAGUGGGUGGAAUCUCUGAUAAUCUUAAGACUUUCUCGUUCUCGUUGAAAACACAUGCAAAUGGUCCACGUAUUGUAGUCAUUUUUUAAAGGACAGCAACUUGUUUAAACUUCAAAGUACUAACUGUUUAUCUGCACAGUCCCUCAUCUCAUGCUUGAACAGAAAAUUACAAAAAAUUAAAUUAUAAGAAAUCACUCAUUAUCUACCCAACUUAUACGAGUAUAACCUGGCUUUGAGCAAUUUUCGCUUUUUUUAUAAAGGUUAUAAAGCGUAAACUGUCCCAACCCAGGUUAUACUCGUAGAACUUAGGUAGACAUUAAGUUAAUUUCUUAAUUAUUGUUAGUAAAUGUAUCUUAUUUUUCAGACUGAGUAUAGUUAAACUAGUGUGAUGGUCAGACCGGUUCGAAUACCGGCGCCAGAUAGCUCAGUUGGUAGAGCACCUGACUAGAGAUUCAGGGGGCCCGGGUUCGAAACCCGGUCUGGUCCGUCAUUAUUUCUCCCAUCCCGUUACAUUUGGUGUCGUGACUAACCCCUGGAUCUGACAGGUGAACUCCUGCCAGGGGAAGAGUCUGGGGGUGAUCUUCAGGGACAAAGAUCAUUUAAGGGGGAAGGAAUGUGACGGUCAGACCGGUUCGAAUACCGGCGCCAGAUAGCUCAGUUGGUAGAGCACCUGACUAGAGAUUCAGGGGGCCCGGGUUCGAAACCCGGUCUGGUCUGUCAUUAUUUCUCCCAUCCCGUUACACUAGCUAGAAUAAUGAUGAAUAAUUUAUAUUUAUUUCACAUUUUAAGUUUUGCAGUUUGAUCAAAUACUUAAAACAUUUAUGUAUUUAACUUAAUUAAAUUUAUGACUGAAAUAUUACUAAUUAAUUAUCAUGGAUGUUCCUUCAUGAUGCCUUUUAUAAUGUGUAUCAUUCUUUUCACAGAUAUAUAGUGGUGGUCACAUGUAUGAGUAAAAUUAACUUGUAUAUGAUUUAAUAUAGGUCAUGGAUCAUUAAUUGGAAAAGAAUCAGGAAAAGUAAUUCAGUUUUCAAUAAGAAGCAAGUCCUGCCAUGUAUGUAGCCUUCAUCAGAAUAAAGAUCAUACUAUUCCAUCUCAUGAUUGUUCAAGAAACUGGGAUGGGCCAAGUAAAGGGAUGGAACCGGACAUGGCAAUAACAAUGGCCCGGGACUUGAAAAAGACUGGCAAUCCGAUUAAUAUUAUCCAUGGCGACAAUGAUUCAACAACAAAAUUCCGUCUUCAAGCUGAUUUUCCUUACGUGGAGAAAAGAGAUGACACCAACCACACCAAAAAAAGUAUAACAAUAAAGCUAUAUAAAUCGAGACAGAAGUACAAAGUUCUGAGACAGCCAAAUGUUAUAUCCUAUAUUAUAUCCUAUAUAUGGUAGAUGCAUCAUGUAUGCCAUCAAAGAAUCUCAUGAAAAGGAUCCAAAAAAGUUAAGAAUGUCGUUGGAUCUUAUUGUUCCACACUUGUAUGGGGAUCAUUCCAAAUGUGCCAAAGAGAGUGCUACCUGGUGCAGUUAUCUAAAGAACCCUUCAAAGUUUAGGUAUCGAAGUCUACCAGAAGGCAAGCCUCUCACAUGCGUUGACCUGAAGAGUGCUCUAACAGAUGUCAUAAAUAACCUGAAAGACAGAGCUGCUGCCUUGACCAACCUUGGAUCUACACAAGCAAAUGAAAAUUUUAAUUUCAUUGUCUCAACGAAAGCUCCAAAAAACAAGUCAUUCGGAUCAAGUAAAUCUUUGACAGGUAGAAUAUCAGCAUCUGUAUUGCAAAAAAAUGAGGGCCAUGGAUAUUUAUCAAAGGUAAACAACGCAGUUGGAUUAUCCCCAGGACAAUUCACCAUGAAAUUAGCAAUGAAAACUGCGACCAAGCGGAAACUUCAGAAAGCGAAGCAGAUGAGCUUACAAGGGAAGAGAAAGCGAUUUGUUAAAAAGAUUAAAAAAAGCUGUAAGGAGGCCACAAAUGAAGUCCACGAAGGAGUUACAUUCUCUAAAUAUGCUGAAUUAGAUCAUGAUAAGGAGCAGGAACCAACCAAGACAACAGAAAUCCCACAACGCCUGACACUUCCUAGAGAAAAGUCUUACACGUAUGUCACCUUCGACAUUGAAACAACAGGCAGGGGGAGGGACUGCGAAAUUUUGCAGAUUGCAGCUGGAGAAGGUUUCAAUGUUUAUGAUCAUCCACGCUGUAAUAUAACUGAGCAGGCCUCAUUAGUAAAUGGAAUACAGUACAACAGGGAUACAAAUACCAUGUUCCAUAAAGGAAGUGAAGUAAGAUCCAAGCCUAUUCAAGAUGCACUUUUAAAUUUCAUUGACUACAUUAGGGAAAUUCCUGAACCAAUACUUGUUGGGCACAAUGUCUGCAACUUUGAUCUUCCAAUCAUUGCUAACAAACUGAAAGAAUUCAACCUGUUCGCAGAGUUUUCAAAACAUUGUGGGUUUUGUGGACACGUUAAAAAUUGCCAGAAGAGUUUUCAAAAAAUCAGAGGUGGGUAAUUUUCAGCAAGAAAACUUGGUUAAUAAACUCACAAACUGCACAUUUUCAGCACAUGAUGCAAAAGAAGAUGUUCGAGCAUUGCUGUCUGAUAGCGCUACAUGUAUGAAUUGAUGAUAUAAUCUGUGUGAUAGUGCUACAUGUAUGAAUUGUUGAUAUUAUCUGUCUGAUAGUGCUAUACAUGUUUGAAUUGAUGAAAUUAGAUGUCUGAUAGCGCUACAUGUAUGAAUUGAUGAUAUUCGCUGUCUGAUAGCGCAACAUGUAUGAAUUGAUGAUAUUAGAAGUACUUGCUAUGUACACCUAUUAAAAUUUGAAUACCUGUAUCAUGAAA